AUGCAUGCCGAUCUGGAAGGAUCUCUAAAUGGGGGGGGGGGGGCAAAUAAAACAUUUCAACGUUUUCAACGAAAUGAGGACAGCAGUGAAGUGGCAGAUUUUUUGGCAGAUUUUCCACUAAGCGACGAAGAUGAGUUCGAGGACAUACCCAGAAUGGAAGAAGAUCGAGAAGACCCGGCCGACUUACUCGAUGCAAGUAGCCCAUCACGUUGGGAAGUAUUCGUCGAUGGAGCGUCAAACAAAGAUGGAUCGAGACUUGGGAUAGUCUUUACCACACCAAAGGGACGAAAAAUGGUCCAUUCGUUUAGAUUGGAAUUUAAGGCGACAAACAACGUCACCGAGUACGAAGCUGCGAUUCACGCCCUGAGAUUAAUCGUCGAGAUGGGACUACAAGAUGUAAGGCUAACUAGCGACUCACAGUUCAUAAUCCGACAAAUCACGGGAAAAUAUGCAAUUCACGAUCCAAUUCUGCAGAAAUACUGGGAGCUCUCCCAAUUCUAUAUCAACCAGAUCCCCAGCAUCAAAUUCCGCCACAUAUGCAGAAAAGACAAUCGACACUCGGCCGCACUGGCAUACAUCGCCUCCCAGCUCGCAGACCCAAGUAUGGAGGGAAUUCGUGUCAUGAGACUCCUCGCCCCAUCCAUACAAGAGACACCCGAGAUAUCUGUCGACCUGGCUAUCAAUACGACCGAUAUAUAUCCAGACGGAGAUUGGAGAAAGCCGAUUCAUUCGUACUUGGAGACAGGCGAGUUACCCAAGGGGUGA